GGUUGAAAAUGUUAUAUUUAAGAUUGUUUUAUAUACCUUGAAACAUUUCUACUGGUCUCCCCUUUAUAUCGGAAGUUUGGAGAUCUGAAAAUAGUCUCCCACAGGUGACCAAUUCCUCACCCUAUCAAAAUCGGACGCGGCCGCUGGAUCAAUAUUAUAAAUACCCCCCUGUCUUCUUUUUGAAGCUGCAUGUCCUGGUUUCUACACCUCAAAAAGCCUUACAUUCGGUAUCCCAGUGCAUUCUAUUGGAUAAUGUCGAAAAGAAGCCUUACAUGUCAGCAUUUCACCGCCCCCACGACAAAAAAGCCUAACACUAGGUACCCUUCAUUGAACACAGCCGCAACUUCGGUGCUUUUUAAGUUUCGCAUCGCACCCUCUCGAGAUGUAGGCUCGGCCAGGAUUUGUUCUCUUCGAUCUGGGUCUAUCCCUAAAAGCCAGCCUGGUUAGCCCUCUAGCUUUUCAGCCCCUUAUGUCGAAAGCACUUAUACUUGCGGGCAAGUUAAAACCGGAAGUCAGGCUCGGGGUGAUAUUGUCCGAGUUCAGUGAGGCUCUAGAUGAUAAACAUCGGAAACGAUUUAUUGCCUUGCGUGCCGCCCCGACGGCGGUACCAACGGCUGCGGAUGUCAUAAGAGUCACUGAAGAGCUGAAUAGGCAAGGCGCGGAACUUCACCGAGCAUGGCGACCAUACUCCACCAGGCUUGGAACAUUUCUUAGUCGUCUCCAGUCCUUGGCUAGCGUCGGCGAUGUUAUCAUAGGCGGUUCGCAGAACCUGAUUGCUUCCGGUGUCUGGUUCGCCGUCAGAAUAUGUCUCGAAGUGAGGUCUCCCACAUAAAUGCUAAGGUCACUAAGGGCCUUGGACACUCAAUAUAUAGCUUUGAUAGUAUGGCU